AUGGGAAAACGUAAAGGGAAAUGUGUUAAACGCAAUACAGCGACAAAAGAAGCGUUAGAACCGGAACAUGUUGUUAAAGCACCCCAUUCUUUUGUUAUUCAUAGGGGAAACUGUUCAAAAGAUCUAAUAGACCUGACGAAAGACUUCAGGAAAAUAAUGGAGCCAUUUACUGCAUCACAGUUGAAGGAAAGAAAGAAAAACACAAUUAAGGAUUUUCUCUCCAUAUCUGGAUAUUUACAUGUGUCACAUAUGAUGGUUUUCACUGAAACAGAACAGGGUUCCUAUAUGCGGCUUGCGAGAUUGCCUCGAGGUCCUACCUUGACUUUUAGGAUACAUAAUUACAGCUUAGCCAGAGAUGUGGUAUCAUCAUUGCGUAAACAGUAUGUAAACGCAAGGUCAUUUCAGAAUGCACCUUUAAUAGUUCUAAAUAGCUUUUCUGGUGAAGGUAUGCACAUGAAACUUAUGGCUACCAUGUUUCAAAAUAUGUUUCCUACCAUAAAUAUUACAACGGUUAAACUAAAAACCAUUAGGAGAUGUGUACUAAUGAACUACAAUCCAUCAACAAAGCUAAUAGAUCUUAGGCAUUAUGUUAUAAGAGCAAUACCAGUUGGAUUAAACAAAGGUGUAAAAAAGAUAGUACAAGGAAAGAUCCCUAACCUAAAUCGGUGUAAAGAUAUAUCUGAAUUCUUUGACAAAGCAGCGUUGCUAUCUGAGAGUGAGUUUGAAGAUGACACAGCAAACCGGGUGACAUUACCACAAACCUUGGCUGGCCGUGGUGCAGCAGAGAAUUCACAGUCGGCCAUUAGGCUGGUGGAGCUUGGGCCUAGGAUUUCUUUACAAUUGAUUAAGGUUGAAGAUGGUCUAAUGGAUGGUGAGGUUCUGUUCCAUGAACUCGUAGAAAAGACGGAAGAAGAGAAAGCAUUAAUCAAAAAGAAAAGAGAGGAGAAGAGGCGAUUGAAAGAAAAACGUAAAUCUCAACAAGAAGAGAACGUAAAACGGAAACAGAAGGAGAAGGAAGAAUUAAAACAGAAAGCUCUUGAAGGAAUUAAAAAGAAGAAAGAAAUGACAGAGAACCAGAGGUUAAUGGAACUAGCAGCAGCUGAAACUCAAAAUGGUGACGACCAAGAUGAUGAUGCAGACUAUUAUAGACAAGAAGUUGGUGCUGAACCCGAACAAGAUCUCUUUACACAAAAUCCGAGAAAAAGAAAGUCAAACGAAGGCGAAGAACCGCGAGGCUUCAAGAAAAUGAGAUUAGAUAAGAAAUUAAAAAAGAAAUACCAAGAUAAAAACGAAACAAGAAACACAGACUUUAAAGGGAAGAAGCGGUACCCGAGCAAUGAUGGCAAAUUUAAUAAGUCUAAUCCCAGGAAUAAAGGUCACAAGGUGCAGGGCGGGAAGGUGAAUAAGUUUAACAAAUUUAACAAAAAUAAGGGACAGGCUGGUAAGGGAAAAGGGAAGGGGAAACAGAGGAAGUGA